AUGAAGACUUGGCAAUUGCUGCUUCUGGCUCUGCUACCCUUCCUGCCAGCGAUUACCAUCGCUCUGGCGGCAUCCCUUCCUAUCCUCUUCAUCGGAGUGGCAGCAGUGGCCAUCACGGGUUUCGCUAUGACCCCCAUGCUGGUGCUUGCAGCUGUUCUCUUCCUCGCCUUCUUCCCCGCUCAGCGCCGCUGGCUGCUGCAGCUGGUGCAGCGCGUGGCGGCCUCCUUGCAUCUGCUUCGGCCGCUUCCUCACGGGCAGCACGUGAAGCACACGGAGAAGCCGCGUGGCGAGGGCUGGAAUCUCUCAUCCGAACAGCAGCCUGCGCGCUCGCCUACUGUGGAACCUGUUUCUUUAGAAUCAGUUUCUCCGUGUGAGGCUGGAAAGCCAGUUGAAAACGGUUCUAGCGUCCGCGCCGUAGUGACAAGCAGCCCUCGCCUUCAAAGCGGCCAUGCAGUCGAGACCAGCAUUCCCAGUGUGGCGGUAUCAUAUCACCCCACUGUUCUUCCUGCAGAGAAGGCGGCGGGGACGGGCGGUGGGGGGGCAAAGAUGGGUGAGGGAAUGCGAGUGGCUGGCAAAGCUGCAUCAUCAGCCGGAAACGGUUCGCCCAAGACAUCUGUUCGAGUAGCGCUUAGCCCGAGCAGGGGCAAGGCAGAAAUUGCUGGUAAAGGUCUCAGUGAAGGAGGAUCUCCUGCUAAAUCAAAGGAGGGUAAUCGGGAGGCUGGCAAUGCGAGCAAGAAUUUGGCGUCAGUGGAGCAGUCUGUGACUGGAAGCGCUGCAGAAAGGGCGCUCCAAUCCGGAACGCCAGGAAGUGGCAAUGGGAAUGUUACUGCAGGGAAGAAAUCAGGGGCCACUAAGGGCCAACCAAAGUCUCAAGGGAAGAGCAAAGGGAAGAACAAGAGAGGAUGA